ACGCACACGCAGUAUUAUUAUUGACACUUGGAGCUGACAUAAUAGAGAAAGGAAUAUACACGAAUUUUCAGAUUAAUGAAUUGCUUUUGAUCAUAAUUUGACAUUUCACUUAUCUUGAACAAUAUGUCAAAGUUACUGAAACAUAUCCAAUUGUUUUUUGAUAUAAAACAAGUCAUUUUAUCCAUAUAUACUUAAAUAUUUGUUUUAACCUAUAAUAACAUACAUACAUAUCUUGAUGUACAUUUAAUUACGUAUUAUUAGUAAAAUGUCAUCUUCUCAUACGACAGAAUUGACCGAACAGUUGGUUAAAGAUUAUGGGAAUUAUGCCAAAGUGGAUUGGGACAAUCAGAUGAGAAAUUUCCGUGAUAUUAUUGAGGAUACAUUGAUACGACUGGAAGAGUAUCAAUCAAUUGUUACAAUGGUGGAGAAUGGCAGUGCAGAGUGCAUACAGCAGCAUCUUCCAAAAUUACAAUACAUGAAGGAUGGUAUGACCAGUCUUUGUAGAAGAAUAGAUGCAUUGGAGCAUGUUGUCGCAAUGGCCAAUAUGAAUUUAAGUUCACUAGAAGCCACUGUAGAUAAGGCAGAAACAGAAUUAGGUGUAUCAGAUAGAUUAUUUGGGAUACUAAACCCUUUAUCAUUUUUUAAAAAAACUCAAGAACCUGUGGUAUCAAAUACGGUGUCAAUAUAUAAAUCACCAGUAAUUUACAAGUCUGAUGACUAUUUUCAAAAGAAUAAAAUACAACUUGCAUAUGAAAAAGGUUUGGAAUAUGGAAUAUCUGCUAUUGGAUUAAAUUCAGAAAAAUAUAAACUUAAGUAAAUCAGUAAUAUCUAAAUAACUAUGAAACAAAAGUUGUGAACAUUGGACAAAUUUGAUGAUUUUUUAAUUUCUGUUAUGUAUUAGCUGUUCAUAUCAUAGAAAUAAUAGCUAUUUAACUCAUAA